CUUUCGGCGUCGUUCUGCUGCAGACUGCAGUGAAUGCUGCGGCAGUCAUUUGAAGGGGGAGUUGUUGAAAGUCUUCAAAAGGUUCACUGAUGCCCAACCUUUUGUUUUCUCCAUUAUACUGAGUCUGACCGCUUUCACUCACAUAUCAUCAUCUUACCGUCUUUCUUAUUUCCAUUGUCCGUCUCUUCACAUCCUCCAGCAUCUGUUUGAGUAAAGCCAUUUGCUUCACAGGUACGUGCUUAUCUGCUAGUCUGUCCAUCUCAUCCUCAUCCGCCAGUUCCCGCGAAUAGCAUUUCCCAGCCUUUGGCUUCACGCCAAAAGACGGACCUACACCCCCCAAUCUCACCAAUCAUUUCACCUUCCUCACCAACUGGAGCUCUUGCCCGUGUGGCUCGUCCCGAAGUCAACGAGAGGCGAGCCUGGAGCAGCGAGUCGUCGUCCAUUGACAUUGAACUCCACCCACUUGCUCCCCUCUCCCCAAACAGGGAGUCCCGCCAAUCAAUCGCACUGCCCAAUCAAGCAGGAUUUCUGAGUGAGAGUCGGCUUUGCGAUCAUCAUUCGUCGGCUCCGUCCUAAGUAAACAAAGACCCCAAGGGGCUUGUCGACAUCAUAGAUAGUUCUUUCUAAGCCCAACGCGCAGAAGCUAGAUCUACCUGGCUGGGAAACACAGAGAGCUCUUCGGCAAAGCGCGACCAUUACGCGACGCUAGCAGGACAUUCAAGCUGAAGUUUUGUUGGUACAGACAGAGGUAUAUUCACAUUGACCCAAGUCAUCCAGUACAGGCCACCGAUUUGCGACCAACUAGUCCCCGUUUCCCCGCUGCUCGCCAAACAUUGAUAUUUGCCAUGGAUCCCCAAAAUCCGUCUUCGGCUGGGCAUAACCAGCAACAACGCCAGCAGCCCGUCUACGACACGAGCCAAGGCGGCCAUUAUGGUGCCAGUGCUGCGCUCUCUCAACAAGGCUUUGCUCCCUCAGACCUUUACACGGGAACAUGGGCCAAUGUUCAUCAGGGCCUCCAGGGCAAUUACAAGGAAAUCCUGACAGCUUACUGGCAACAAACCAUCAACCAUCUCGAGAAUGACACCCACGACUACAAGCUGCAUCAGCUGCCCCUGGCACGAAUCAAGAAAGUCAUGAAGGCGGACCCGGAAGUCAAGAUGAUCUCCGCCGAAGCACCUAUCCUCUUCGCCAAGGGAUGCGAUAUCUUUAUCACCGAGUUAACGAUGCGCGCGUGGAUUCAUGCAGAGGAAAACAAGCGCCGCACUCUGCAGCGUAGCGACAUCGCCUCGGCCUUAUCCAAGUCCGACAUGUUCGACUUUCUCAUCGACAUUGUACCCAGAGAAGAAGCUUCCACACACGCCAAGCGCGCGACUGGUCAGUCAGCUGCUGCUGCCGCGCAGGCUGCCCAAAACGCGGCCCAGCAAGCUCAGGGCAUGCCGGGGGUUGCUGCGCCUAACCAUGGCGGACAGCACCCCAUGGCCGCUCCUGACUACACGCUAGGCGGCCAUGCGAUUGCGCCUGAGGCCGACUACCGCCAGCAGAACAUGUACUCUGGUCAGGUACAACCCGGAGCCCCAGCGCCGUAUGGACAGCCUCAGCCUCCCAUGUAUGACGUUGAUGGCAUGUACUACUCAACAAUGCCUCCUCAGCAGAACGCCUAGGGCGCGCAUUCUGGAGGAGAUAAGAUUGGAGAGUCUUCUACAUCCCACCUGUCACGAACUUAAAGGCGGGAGCAGGAGUAAUGAACUUAUGGCAUCAAGUUACACUGACAUGGCGUCCACCUUGGUCGCUUCUUUAUUUACAUGGUUCUUCAUCUUCAUCUGAUAAGAUUCAAAGACUGCCGAUCCAACAAUAUACAAAGGCGUGGCGUAAAUACGGGUUAUUUCGUUUGUUUCAGCUCCGUACCAUGGACGGAGGAAGGGUGCUUGGAAGGCUGGUCGGUUGGUUAUGUCACAAGGAUGUCUAUCAUGUUUUGCUCUUUCACCUUUUUCUGUUUGAGCGUCUCGCGUUUGAGCCACCUCUGGUUCUAUAUGGUAUUUUAGUUCAUGGAUCUGUGUUACAUCCAGUGCAUUCUGCAUAACCAAUAUUGUGAUGAACUAAUAGUGAAGUUGAGUUUCUACCAUCACGUUUCAGAAGGGUGAAGACAAACGAACGCGUGGACGUUAUCCUACAGACUCGC